AUGUUCUAUUCAACAGUGUUUUACUCGUUUGGAUCCCUCAGAAGUAUUUUGUUUGCUUUUUGGUUGCAAAAAGCAUAUAGCUCACCGAAGGAUGACCCGGAUCUCGGGGCAGAGGAAAAAAGGAUCAUACUAGAAGGCGGCGUAUCAAAAGCGCCUGUUUCAGAUAUUUUUUUUCAUGUUUUUAAUACUCACUAUGAAAAACAGGAAGUAAAUAACAGGCCCUAA